UCUUCUCUUCCCUCACUGAAAUUUACUCCUUCAAAUCAUGGUUUAGGGCGGUCCUUUGCCUCGAAAUUGCUUAGUUUCCGAAUGUAACGCAACAGCGUGGUUUUGCGACAUAGAACUCCGUCCUAGAUCGGCGACAACUAGAUAGAUCUGGCCCGAUCGGUUCGAUUGCGGCUCUCGCGCGCUUGAUCGACUGUCCCCUCGAAACGUCCCUCACGAACUUCCCGCGCCACCGAUCGCGAUGGGGAAAUACGCAGACGAUGAGCUCUCCGAGUUCUAUCCCAUGACCCGUCAGAGGGCCACCUCUUCCUCGACCCAGAGUUCCUCCGAUUCGGGCCUGUCCGUCGAAUCCGACUUCCUCCGCGGAGAUGGGAUCCCUGGUUUCGCGCAGAAGGGAGAAGAAGGACAUGGUGGAGGACACACAUACAGGGAUAUGGAGGAGGGGGAUCCGGAUGCCGACGAGCCGUUCCUACAGCACCCCAACAAGACAGCGUCGAGUAGUCGCGCGCGCCGGAUAAUCUGGGCCGUGGCUUUGCUGUGCGUGGGAGCCUGGGUGGCAGCACUCGUCGGGUUUCUGAUCACAGGACGGCCAGACAAGCAGUCCAGGGUGGAGGCGGCGGAGCUCAAUACAACAGUUGCCGUUGCGGGGAGUCAAGCCUCCGGUGAGCCGGUGACUUUGUCGGAUGUCGUGGGUGGGAGAUGGUACCCUCGUUCGCAUGCCAUUUCAUGGAUUGCAGGCCCGAAGGGUGAGGAUGGGCUUCUGGUGGAACAGGGUGAGAGUAGCGGAGGAGAUUACCUGCGCGUCGUGGACAUUGGGGACGAGAAAGAUCCGGCCCACAUUCAGAAGACCAGAGUGUUGAUGAAGGAAGCGGUCGUGCAUGUCGGCGACACUGCAGUGUAUCCGAGCACCACAUGGCCCAGCCCGGAUCUGAAGAAGGUUCUCCUUCUGUCGAGCAAAGAAAAGAAUUGGAGACACUCGUAUACGGGACUGUACUGGAUCUUCGAUGUGGAAUCGCAGACGGCCGUGCCGCUAGACCCCAGCCUGCCGGACGCCAGAGUGCAGCUCGCCCAGUGGUCCCCAAAAUCCGAUGCGGUCGUUUUCUCUCGUGACAAUAACAUGUAUUUGCGAAAGCUGUCGUCGGAGAAGGUCAUCCCCAUUACGAAAGACGGCGGUGCGAACCUUUUCUAUGGAGUCCCGGACUGGGUCUACGAAGAAGAGGUCCUCGCGGGGAAUAGUGCCACCUGGUGGUCGAACGACGGGAAUUAUGUCGCUUUCUUCCGGACGAACGAGUCGGCGGUGCCCGAGUAUCCGGUGGAUUAUUUCCUAUCCAGACCCUCGGGCAAGAAGCCUCUCCCGGGACUCGAGAAUUACCCCGAGGUGAGACAGAUUAAGUAUCCGAAGGCGGGAGCCCCGAAUCCGGUCGUGAACCUGCAGUUUUACGAUGUCCAGAAAAGCGAAGUCUUUCCAAUCGAGGUCAACGAGGAUUUCGCAGACGACGACCGCAUUAUCAUCGAAAUUGUGUGGGCUACCGCAUCCAACGCCCUAGUGCGCGCGACGAACCGGGAAAGCGACAUUGUGAAGAUCUUCUUGAUCGACACCAAGUCGCGGACAGGGAAACUGGUCAGAGAGGAAGAUAUUGCCGGUCUCGAUGGCGGAUGGGUAGAGCCUUCGCAGACGACCAAGUUCAUUCCCGCCGAUCCCAAAAAUGGACGGCCCCACGACGGAUAUGUCGACACAGUGGUCCACGAAGGAUAUGACCAUCUGGCCUAUUUUGCCCCUCUCGACAGCAAAGAGCCGGUGAUGCUCACGUCGGGGAAAUGGGAGGUCGUGGACGCACCGUCGGCGGUUGAUCUGCGUCGGGGCCUCGUUUAUUUCAUUGCCGCCAAGGAGGCCCCAACCGAGCGCCACGUAUACCGAGUGCAGCUAGACGGGUCCAACCUCAAGCCGUUAACGGACACAUCCAACCCAGGCUACUAUGAUGUUUCCUUCUCCGACGGGGCAGCCUACGGGCUUCUGAGCUACAAGGGCCCGUCAAUCCCAUGGCAGUCGAUCAUUAGCAUGGAGGGCGAAGAUACCACCACGCUAAAGACCAUUGAGAAGAACCCCGAUCUCGCGCGCAUGGUGAACGAUCAUGCCAUGCCCACGGAGAACUACACGGAAAUCACCGUUGAUGGAUACAAACUCCAGGUCGUCGAGCGCCUUCCUCCGCAGUUUGACCCGUCGGCAAAAUACCCUGUCCUCUUUCACCUUUACGGCGGCCCCGGGUCGCAGACCGUGGACCGCAAAUUCAAAGUCGAUUUCCAGUCCUACAUAGCCUCGAGCCUGGGGUACAUUGUGGUGACCGUGGACGGCCGCGGGACAGGCUACAUCGGCCGCGAAGCACGCUGCGCCAUUCGCGGCAACAUCGGACACUACGAAGCGCGCGAUCAGAUCAUGACGGCCAAGGCAUGGGGCGAAAAGCCCUACGUCGACAAAACCAGGAUGGCUAUCUGGGGUUGGAGCUACGGCGGCUUCAUGACAUUGAAGACGCUCGAGAAAGAUGCCGGCGAAACCUUUCAGUACGGAAUGGCCGUUGCCCCGGUCACUGACUGGCGAUUCUACGACUCCAUCUACACCGAGCGCUACAUGCACACCCCCGAGCACAACCCAAGCGGCUACGAAAACGCCACUAUAGCCGAUAUGGCCGCCCUGAAGGAAUCCACCCGCUUCCUCGUCAUGCACGGCGCCUCCGACGACAACGUCCACCUCCAGAACACGCUGACGCUGGUCGACAAGCUGGACUUGUCGAGCGUCGACAACUACGACUUGCAUUUCUUCCCCGACUCAGACCACAGCAUUGCGUUUCACAAUGCCCACUCUAUGGUUUACGGUCGGUUAUCAAACUGGCUCGUCAACGCAUUCAACGGCGAAUGGAACCGCAUCGCGAACCCCGUUCCCGAGGAAUCUGCCGCCGAGAAAGUAAAGCGGGCCGUGUCCGAACUCUCUUAGCGAUGUGACUCUUCCUAUUAUUUACCCCAAGCUCUAGCCAUGUACAGCAAACAUGUAGCAUAUAUUAUUGAUUGAUGUCGAUCUUGCAGCCAUUUAACGAGAUGUUCAUACUUUUUAUUCAUUUGUUUUGUGGUUGAGCUCUAUUUUUGAUUUGAGCGGCUACGCAGGCGUUAGA